AUGUGUUUGUUAACAAAGUUUAAAAUAUCAAGUGGACAAAAUUAAAUUUCUUUUUGCUGACUGUGUCGUCUUCUCUCUUUCCCUCUCAUCUUCUUCAUAUCUCCAUUCUAAGGGAGGUUUGAUGUUGCCUCUCCAUAUUCUGUUGUCUUUACAAUCUUAUAUUAUUUUCUUUAGAGCAUCCGCAAGAUAAAAUUUGCUUUGAUCAAUGUCGUCUCUCUUCAGUUUCUUUAGAGAGCCAAACCUUUUAUCUAUUGCUGCAAAUAAAAUCCUGAAUGUAAAUUUCAAUUGUGUUGGGAGAUGCCCAUCUCAAGCUAGAAAUUUGACCAACGUUGCAAUCCCUUCACUCUAGAUCUGGAAGGGAAGGGAAAGACGCCAUCGAUUUUGGAAAUACACCAUCACAUUAUUAUAAAAGUUGAAGGAUUUAAUUAAAUUGAUAUAAUUAUUAUACCAGGGUUCUGCUCAAAAAUGAAAAAAGUUAUUAGAUCAGGGUUCAAAUUGCUAGUUUUCGAAGAAAAAAGAAAGGCAUUGAUUUUGAAAUAUUUGUUGGGAAAUGUAAAAAUUGGUCGUUGGAGAGUUUGGCAGGGACACUUCCAUCUCAGCUCUUUAGGCUGCCCUACCUUCAAUCACUGUCAGUUCUCUCUAUUUCUCUUUGCUUUGCAAUGAGAUUUUUUAGUUUGUCCAUCCCAUCUUCACUCUCCAAUUUUACUUUAUUUGUUUGUUUAUUUAUUUAUUUUUAUAUUCAGUAUUCUCAAUGAUAACAAUCUUAGAGGCGAAAUCCCACGAGAAUGGGGCUCCACCAAGUUUGUCUAUAUUAACCUUUAUGGAAAUCAGUUGACGGGUUCCAUUCCAGAAGAGACUGGAAACAUCACUACUCUUGAAAGAUUGAAAUUACAGAACAAUCACCUAUCAAGAAGGAUACCUUCAACACUGGGACAUUUGGUCAACCUGACAUCAUGAUCUCUCUUGGAACUAUCUUAGUGGCGAAAUACCUCGAGGGCUUCACCAAACUUAAAGAACUGUAUCAUUUCUCACUAUCUUGCAUUAUGAACUUAGAAGCCAAUCAUCUAUCAGGGAGGUUACCUUCAACACUUGGAUAUCUGGUCAACCUAGAAAUAUUCGUAAUCAAUGACAAUAACUUUGAAGGGCAAAUACCGAGUUCUAUUAAGAAUUGGCUAAAUGUUACGAGCAUAAGGGUUCAGGGAAGUGGGUUGAGCGGGCCACUUCCUUCUGAAAUCGGACUUUUGACCAAAUUAACUAAGCUAAUAAUCAGUGACUUGAAUGGAGCUUCAUCACCCUUUCCACCUCUUGCGAAUUUGUACAAUAUGGAAUAUCUAAUAUUAAGAAGUUGCAAUAUCAUGGAUGUGCUGCCCAGCUACUUAGAUGUGAUGGGAAACCUUACAAUUUUAGACCUCAACUUUAACAAAAUAAGUGGGCAGAUUCCUUCAUACUUUUAUUCGCUUGCAAGAGUAGAGAACAUAUUUUUAAACGGAAACUUGCUAAAUGGUUCAGUGCCUGAAUGGAUGCUGGAAACAGGGAACAACAUUGAUCUCUCUUACAAUAAAUUUGAAGCACUAUUAUCUAAUGGCUGUCAAUCACGACUUACAAUACCUAUUUUCAAGCUCUGCAACAGACAAGAAUUCGUAAGUUUUUGGUUUCUUCAGUACCACAAACCUUGUUCUAACUACUCGUAUAGUCUCCAUAUAAAUUGUGGUGGGAAAGAAGUAACCAUCAGUGGUACUACGUUCGAAGGAGAUGUAGAUCCAGGCGAGCCAUCGGUGUUUUUGUCAAGUAAAACAAAUUGGGGAUUCAGCAAUACUGGUCUAUUUUUGUAUGAUACUGGCGUUUCGGUUGACUAUAUUGAAUUGAAUCAUUCACUGAAUUUUCCUACACCAUAUUCCGAACUAUAUGAAAGCGCUCGAGUUUCUCCAAUAUCCCUUACAUAUUAUGCAUAUUGUUUGGGGAAUGGGAACUACAGAAUCAGCCUUCAUUUUUCGGAAAUUGUAUUAACAAAUGAUACAAAAUUGGGUGGCCAUGGAAGACGUGUUUUUAAUAUUUACAUCCAGGUAACAUUGCAGGGGAAGCUAGUGGUGAAGGAUUUUAAUAUUGUAGAUGCUGCAGGUGGUAUCCUCAAACCUGUCAUCAAAAGGAUUCCUGUUGCUGUUACUAGUAACACCGUAGAGAUUCGAUUUUAUUGGGCCGGAAAGGGGACAUUUCUCACCAUUGAGAAUAAUACAGGGUAUGGCCCUCUGAUAUCAGCCAUUUCGAUUGAACCUGGUGAUGGUUUUGGCCCAUUGGCCUUACCUAGUUUCUAUAUAAGAUUAUUGCUAGAGUGCUCUUUGAAAGCUUGAAAUGGCAAAUCUUCCUGCUUAUGGAAGACUCAUUAUUGGCUGGGAAUUAAUCCCUUGAAAGAUGAUUAUCACCACUUGUAUUUGUUCAAUCUCUUUAUGAAGGCUCUGCCACUAUUGCCGACUUUUGGUCUA